UUUUGGGGCGGACGGACGUCGCUCGAACCCGCCCGCGAAUCCAUUCGGUCUCGGAGAGCUUUAGUUUUGUGAAGUGUGAUUUUGACCGGAAAUACAACGAAACGGUCAACGGACGUCGGCGUUCUAAUUCGGAAUGUCAGUGGACUGAAACACGAUUCCAUUUUCGUGAAUUUGAAUCAUAACCUUUUCGGUGCAGUUUGGUAAAAAGAAAAAAAGAAUCCCAUUCAGUUCUCUUUGGCUGUACAGUGUAUUUCCGUAGCUUUUUACUUUUUUUUACGCGCCAAAAUGCUUCGGUACUGGUUGUGUUUUGCUAGUGCGGUCUGUUUGGCCGGACAUUGUGGCGCGAAUUACUGCAGAGAUGCUAAUCUUUGUUGUCCCGGGAGAGAUAGCUCCUGUGUCGUGCAAAAGGCCCACCAGAAUGCUAUUAUAGAAGACUUGACGGAUAAACCCUGCUACUGUGACCACGCGUGCUUGAAACUUGGAGACUGUUGUCCUGAUUUUCGGGAAACAUGUGGAGUGAUAGACUGCGUUGUGUCAGGAUGGGGGGCGUGGUCCAACUGCGAUACAGUCUGUGGCUCCGGCAGCAUGGUGAGGAGUCGCAGGGUGGUGCAAGCACCAGCGCACGGCGGCAGGCACUGUCCCUCACUUGUACAGCGGAGAGCCUGUCAGGAACAUCAUGGCUGUUCUGCGGAUAGUAAUGUACCAUUGAGAGAUGAAACGGCGAUGCUGCUCCCUGGUGCACUGUCGGUGAGUCGCCACUCCAACGAGACUGUGGACAUCCGUAAGAACCUUCGGCUGCGGAACCCUGAUGACCCUGAGUCGAAUUCACACAGGGAAUAUUGUGUCCAGUUUGAAGUAAAAAAGGUGUCCAAAGCUUGUCACAGUGACUCGGACUACAAACCAUUACGUGAAGGUAACACGGUUUGUGUGCUAUGCGAAUCAGCAGCUCUCCGUCGAGACCUUAAAUGGCGUUGCGCUGGACACGGCGUGGCCGGACAUGUGACCCGCUUUUACGCACUCGUGGUCCCCCAUUGUCACGGGAAAUGGUUGCGCGCCGACCAUAAUCCGGACAAACGAAGCGACUGCUGCAUGAACCCAGAUUUUAUUUUUGUUUAAUUUAAAAAGUUAAAUAAAAAUGGAGAAUAACAUCUGAUGAACGUUACACAACAUCAUUUUUAAUCUGUUUAUAUUUUAAUUUGUAUUUAUUUAUAUGUAAUUACAUUCAUAUAUUAAGGAGCUCGAAGUGUAAUAUCCAUACUAAUAUUAUAAAUGUAACUCUGUCUGUCUGUCUCGCCAAAACUACUGAAACAAUUUAAAUGAAAUUUGGUACACAGAUAGUCUAGACUCUGAGAAAGGACAUAGGAUAAUUUUAAUGCGAAAAAAGAGCUGUAAAGGUUUCAAAGGGGUGAGGAAAGAUUUUAUGGAGGUAUCGUCAUUUUUGGAGUUCUUUGGGGGAGG